ACUCCGUCCCGUUCCCCUCCCUCCAGGGACGCCAAGGCCUGUGUGAUCCACGGCUCGGACCUGAAGGAGAUGGAAGAGGAGGAGCUGGACCAGAUCCUGGCCAACCACACGGAGAUUGUCUUCGCUCGCACGUCACCACAGCAGAAGCUCAUUAUCGUGGAGGGCUGCCAGAGGCAGGGCGCCAUCGUGGCCGUGACGGGAGACGGGGUCAACGACUCGCCCGCCCUGAAGAAGGCCGACAUCGGUGUCGCCAUGGGCAUCUCGGGCUCCGAUGUCUCCAAGCAGGCGGCGGACAUGAUCCUGUUGGACGACAACUUCGCCUCCAUUGUGACCGGCGUGGAAGAGGGACGACUGAUCUUCGACAACCUGAAGAAGUCCAUCGCCUACACCCUGACCAGCAACAUCCCCGAGAUCACCCCCUUCCUGCUGUUCAUCGUGGCCAACAUCCCCCUGCCACUGGGCACCGUCACCAUCCUCUGCAUUGACCUGGGCACGGACAUGGUCCCUGCAAUCUCCUUGGCCUACGAGGCAGCGGAGAGCGACAUCAUGAAGAGACAACCUCGAAACCCCAAAACUGACAAACUGGUCAACGAGAAGCUCAUCAGCAUGGCGUACGGACAGAUUGGGAUGAUCCAGGCGCUGGGCGGUUUCUUCACCUACUUCGUGAUCCUGGCGGAGAACGGCUUCCUGCCCUCGCGCCUCCUCAACCUGCGGCUGGACUGGGACGACCGCUCCCGCAACGACCUGGAGGACAGUUACGGACAGGAGUGGACCUACGAGCAGCGGAAGAUCGUCGAGUUCACCUGCCACACGGCCUUCUUCGCCAGCAUCGUGGUGGUCCAGUGGGCCGACCUCCUCAUCUGCAAGACCAGGAGGAACUCCAUCUUCCAACAGGGCAUGAAGAACAAGAUCCUGAUCUUCGGCCUCUUCGAGGAGACGGCCCUGGCUGCGUUCCUCUCCUACUGCCCAGGAAUGGACGUCGCCCUGCGCAUGUACCCGCUGAAGCUCCCCUGGUGGUUCUGCGCCUUCCCCUACAGCCUCCUCAUCUUCAUCUACGACGAGGUCAGGAAGUUCAUUCUGCGCCGACACCCCGGCGGCUGGGUGGAGCGGGAGACGUACUACUGAGCGCCCUGCCCCGACCCCCACCCCUGCCCCCGCGUAGAGCGGCAUGCAAGCAGAGGCAGAGGCCGCCGGCUGACAUCCAACCUCCGCACUACCCCUACCGUUCCCUCCCACCAUCGCAGCUCCUCUGCCCCCUCCCUCCCCCUUUCCCACCACCUGUGCUCCUCUCACCCUGUGCUCCCUCCCUCUCCCCCCUCCAUCCAUGCACUAGUUCUCUCCUCCUCAUCCAUCUGUAGACCCUCCUUCCGCCCCACUCCCCUUCCUCCCCCACCACUGGGAGGCUGCACAGCGACGGCAAACUGCUUCCAGCCCCUGCAGCGAUUGGAAAUAAAAUCAUUUGUUGAUGUAG